GUGCUGGCAGCGGGCAGGGGUGGCGGCAGGGCCGUGCGCGCCAGCCUGGGUGGCCAUGAGGACCGAGAUCUCCACGGCGGCGGCGUUCAUCACCCGCCUCCUGCGGGCAGCGGGCGGUAUCGGCGAGGAGCAGCUGCGGUGCUUCCGUGGGUGCUUGCAGGAGGCGCUGCGCGAGCACUAUAAACACCAUUGGUUCCCCCUGGUGCCCUCCAAGGGCUCCGGAUACCGGUGCAUUAGGAUCAACCAUAAGAUGGACCCCUUGAUAGGAAAGGCAGCGGGGAUGAUUGGACUGAGCCACGAGAAACUCUUCCAGCUUUUACCCAGCGAACUGACUCUUUGGGUCGACCCUUCCGAGGUGUCCUAUCGCAUUGGUGAGGAUGGGUCUAUUUGUGUCCUUUACGAAAGUCCCCAGUCUGGUGGGAAGGCAACCAAACCGCUGGCGAAUAGGACCAGCUGUAAGGAAGAAUGGAGAAUUGGCAGGUCCAGCCCUUCCGAGAAUUACAUGAUGACAGUAUCUAGUUAAAAAUGACUGUUCCUUGUACAAUGAUGUAUGCAUCCCAAUCUCAUGUUAAACUUAGAUGUAA